GCCGCCUGAACUUCCAACACGUCAAAAGUGCCCUGAAGUUUAGUAGUUAAAGCGACGUAAAGAAACCUGAGCAGCUGGAGAGUGAUAAUUCCUGCGACAGACUUUGUGACAGGAUGGAUGAGCAAGACAUACCCAUUGACAUUCACGGACACAAGCUCCUCGACUGGCUUGUGUCUCGCAGGGAAGUCAAACGAGACUGGUCAACCAAGACGCGCAUUAUAAGAGAGAAGAUUAACAAUGCCAUCCAAGACAUGCCUGAACAUCCUGAAAUCACAAAACUGCUUUCGGGAACAUACAUAAACUAUUUCCACUGCCUGAAAAUCGUUGAGAUCUUGAAGGAGACGGAAAAGGAUACUAAGAAUAUUUUGGGAUGGUAUGGAUCCCAGCGGAUGAAGGAUUGGCAGGAAAUUACCCGCUUGUAUGAGAAGGAUAGUGUCUAUCUGGCAGAGGCAGCUCACCUACUGAUGCGCAACGUCAAGUAUGACAUCCCAGACCUCAAGCAGCAGAUAUCCAAGGGGACUCACAUACAAGAGGAAUGUGAUCGUAAGGAAGUGGAGUAUGUCAAAUCAGCAGAAGAAGCCAGGAAGAGAUAUGCUCAGAUGUGUAAACAGAUCGGCAUUCCUGGAGAGAAGAUAAAACAUGAAAUAUUGGCACUGUUAAAGGAGCUUCCGGGGGAGUUUGCUGAAAUAGCCAAGAAAACCAAAACCCUCGAAGGUGCACGUCAGCUUUACAUGGAUUUCUUAACUUUUACCCUAGAGGAAGACUGCAACUGCCUCCCUAUGUUGAAGUACAUCAUAGAACAUGGGAACGUGACAACAUAUGAAUGGACAUACGGUGAGCCGCCUUGCCAGAUUGAGGAGCCGCAGAUCGAGAUAGAGUUGGACGAUGAUGAUGAUCAAAAAGCAGAUGCUGGUGAAAUUGAUUUUGGUGAUGUUGGGGGCACUAUUGACUUCAGUACUGCAGAUAUUGAGUUAGCAGAAGACCUGACCACAGGAGAUAUUGACUGGGGAAAUCUUGGCACUGAGGAAUCUCAGACCAUUGAUUGGGGUGUAGAUGUGAAUGAUGUUGCAACAGUGGAUAUUGUGGUUGAAGACUCAGGUGUGUCUGGAGGUGUUGCUAAAGGAACUGAGGCUCUUACAUUACUGUACAACCCCAAGACUCGUGCACAACUGAUUGAUGAGUUGUAUGAAUUGGAAGGAUUCUUGAAACAGCGUCUAAUAGAACUGGAAAGUGAGGAAUCGAGCUUCUCAAUCAACCAGUUCUCAAGUGCUCCCAUCUCAGUGCAAGACCAAUCCAAAGAGCAGUUGGAGGUUAUGGUCAACCACAUCCGGAAUGUCAUCGACCCUCUUGGCACAAACAAGAUGCAGCACCUCUUCCUGAUUUACUCUUCUCCAAAAUAUGUUGAUAGGCUUGCUGCAUCACUCAGGUCAAAGCUAACAGUUGCCGAUAAAUUUGUGAUUUCUCAAGAAGGAGUUCGCCAGCGUAGGCUGGAUGCUCAACAAGAGCAGCAGAAAGUCCACCCGAAGUUGGCAGUGAUGAUUGAGAGAUCAAAGGAGCUGAAAGUCAAUAUUGAAGAACAUAUCUCCAAGCGUUAUAAAAACAGACCUGUCAAUCUGAUGGCUCUUGGCCUAUCUAUGACAUAAAUGGGGCCUGUCUGACUAGUAAAUUAGUUUAUAUACACUUUUUCUGUCUUCAGUGGGAUAUAUUGUUAUUAAUAUUUUUUUUUAUUAUGGUUUAAAUAAACAGUAUAAGGUAUAAA